GGCCAUACAGUUAGUUCUUCCGCCGAGCCUUAGGAGCAGUUGCGUCUCUCCUUCAGUUCUUGUUGUUGUUCUCUCGUCAUCUGCGUCAGGAAGGUCUUCGAUACAGCAAUAAGACGAACCUCUGGAUAAUCAACAACAACAACAACAACAACAGCAGCCAUGGUUGUGGGAGUCAGGGCGUGUGGUGCUUACAUCACCAGAACUGUCCCCAUUGGCCUGACGGUGGGGGCUGUUUUCACCAUUCUCGUCAGCUGCGUGUGCUUCGGUGUCUACGGCUCAGUUGGGGACUGUUAUAGCUUCGACUUUAACGACUUGGAUUAUUAUGAUUGGGACAACUAUGCGUGUAGCGUAUACAAGAACAACCUGCUCGUCUCUGCGAUCUCCUGUAUGGUGACUGGAGUGGUGUUACUCGCCAUUGGUGGGUACUUCUUCUACCUGCUGAGCGGCGCUACAGAACCUCACAUGCCCGUGAGAGUGGGUGUGGUCCCAGGUACUGCCUACGUUACACAGCCACAGGCAGUAUACAUACAACAGCAAGCUGGGUACCCACAGCAGCAACAACAAUAUCGCUACACUUAAUCUACUACCACCCCCCUUCAUACUGCCUUCCAUAGCUCUUACUACGUGUCUCAGUAAAGUGAAAUCUGACCACGACAGCAUCUCAGAUACGGAUUUCAGAUUUGUCCCUCCAUGCAGCAUCUCAAGAAGCAAAUGCUACUUCCACUUUGACCCCGAUUUAAACCCUUAAACUCUCCAGGGAUCUCUUGAACACACACACACACACACACACACACACACACAGGACCUCCUACGAUACAGAGAUGAAACAAGAUCCUAUAAUCUCAGUCCAAUUCGGCGCUGAGGACACUGACGACGAAGAAUUUGGACGUAUCCUUCAUUAGCUAAGGAUUCUGAGGAAGGAUUUUUAGUGUUUAGUGAUAAUAAGUCUCGUUAAUAUAUCUUUCAUCAAUGUGUUUGCAUUAUAAAUUAAUUUCUUAUAGUUGUUGGAAAUAUUCGACCAUUAUGAAAGUAUCAGAAUGAAUUUAAAAAAUCUAUGAAAAUAUCAAUAAAAAUAUAAAAAAUGAGCAAUUGUACUUAAUGAAAUAUGUCUGACGUCAGUUUAUGAAUGAGAUGUUCACAUACAUACUUAUUUAACCGAUCAAAUAUAAAUGAUUUAACAUAUAUACUUGUUUUAGUGAUUCAUUAAAGUGCCUGAGUUUAGUUUAAACACUGUAUAACCCCUGAGUUAGGUUCUAACACUCAUCAUUUCAGAAUUUCUGUACCUGUAUUUUUGUAAUAUUCCUUGUACCUGUAUCUGUACCACUGAUUCUGUAUAAUGACUAAAACUUGACCUAACCUAACCUGUAAUAGUGGACCAAGACAAUUAUUUUUUAGCCUCAUUGAUAAUAACUUAAUAAAUCAUUGUUUUAACAUCACUAGACCAACUUUUUUUAAAAAUAAAAUUCAUUGUCUCUCG